UCGACAGGGGGAGGAGUGGUGGUGAGGACGGAUCACUUUGGGAUAAAAGUUGCAGCAGCAGACGUGAAAUCCUCCAUCGAGCUCGUCGCUGCUGCAGAGUGUGGCGUUCGGCGCUGAAGGUGGAGAGAAGACGGAGCAGGUGGGGAUCCGAGAGGUGUUUCCUGACAGGUGCACCUGCUGAGUGAAGAUCAGGACGGAAACUUACAUUUACGACAGAGUCUGGAACUGAACUGAACCACAGCUGCAAAAUGACAGCUGCCACAAAGCUUCUGGAUGAGAUGUGCCAUCUGACGGCUCAGUCUCUGACCUCAAUGGACACGUCGGAGCACUUCAAGGUCCUGAAGCUCCUGGGAGAAGGCUCGUACGGCCAAGUCAUGCUGGCCGUGCACAGGAAGAGAGGUGAGGAGGUGGACGUUGACGCUUUAUUGUCUCGACGCACCACACGUAAAAAGAGCUGCGGGGUCACGUAUCCUUCCCUCCUUCGUCCUCCAGGCACUCCGAUGGCUCUGAAGUUCUUCCCUCGUGAGUCCACCUCUCUUUUCUCUUUCCUGAGGGAGUAUAACCUCUCUCUGUCCUUCUGUACUCACCCGUCCCUGACCAGAGCCCUGGGAAUCGCCUACUCCACACCUUCACACUACGUCUUCGCCCAGCAGGCAGGCCUGUUUGGCGACCUCUUCGAUGUCAUCUUGCCUGAGGUGGGUAUGGAGGAGGACUGCUGUCAGCGGGUGGUGUCCCAGCUGUGCGGCGCUCUGUCCCACCUGCACUCUCUUGGUUUUGUCCACAGAGACGUCAAACCGGAGAACGUCUUCCUGUGUGACUCGGCCUGCCGUUGGGUCAAACUGGGAGACUUUGGCAUGGUGAAGGCCAGGGGCACCAGGGUCCCGGAGGUCUGGUACAGCUCUCCUUAUUGCACCCCUGAGGCCGAGAUCGCUCGCGAAAACGAGGACAGCUGGGGUCGUGUGAAUGACGCCGUCAUGGGGGACGGAGAGAAGAAAAAGAAGUCGAGAGUUUGGGUGUCUGUGGAGCCCAGCACCGACAGCUGGGCGCUGGGGAUCCUGACCUACGCCAUGCUCACCGGUGGUCAUCCAUGGGCCGAAACAGCCAGCGACUGCCACGCAUACCUGAAAUAUCAGGAAUGGUUUGACAGGACAAAAGGCCCUGACGACGAGCUGGACGUGUGGGCGGCGCCACGGGGCGAGAGCUCACAGGACGCGGUCGAUUUGAUUGGGGCAGAACUCGGAAAGAAAGGCUGCGCACCCACAGCUCCCCAGUUUGCAUGUUUCACACCUCUGGCCUGCUCCUUCUUCCAGUCGCUCCUCGACCCGAGGCCCCAGCUUCGAGGACGACCGGAGGACGGGCUGAGUUUCCUCGGAGGAGACUGGGUGAUGGAGAAGGAGAGGGUCCGACUGGAGGAGGUGAGGAAGAAGAGCAGAGGGAAAGGAGCCAUCAGGAACAUGAAGGAGAUGGAGGGGAGAGGAGAGCGAUAAGGCAACAAUGUGUUUUAUCAAGGAUAUGCGAUGAUUAGGUUUGAUUUAUUAAGCCUGACUAUUACCAUUCUUGGUUAUAGUUUGACAAACUUAUUUCGUGUGUUGUUGUCGUGAUUACUGUAUGUGACUUUAAACUGAGUAUCUUUAAAAUUGGGACUGCUGAUCAGACAAAACAAAACAUUUGAAGACCCACAGUACACUUUAAACUGCGAGAGGGAAUUCAAAUGAAGCUGAGGGUUUGAGAGCUGCAGUUGGAAGGUGGUGAUGGGGGAAAAUCAUUUCCCACAUCCUCCUCAAGCAGCGAGGGAGGCUGCUGUGAAAAAGUCCCCUUUGUAAAAUGAAAACAGCAGGCUUUAUGGGAACUCUGGUUUUAAUUCUGAGAAAUAGUUGGACUGUGGCGGGCCAGUCAUGGUCUCGUUUAAGCUUUGGAAAUCAAUUAAUUCCUACUCUUAAUCCUUUUUGAUGGGUGAAACAGAUUUACCGUAAUUUCGGGACUAUAAGACGCUACUUUUUUCACACGCUUUGAACCCUUGAACAAUGAUGCGGCUAAUUUAUGGAUUUUUACGCGCUAACGAGCUGCAUGUUGCCAAUACAUUUAGCCUCGUCACAUCAGAACAAUCAAAGAGAGACUGAGAAAGUGUGUGACAAAGUAAUUCAGUUCAAUUCCAACACUGAAGAAGACGCUUUUAGUGGUUUUAGUGCGCAGGAGGAAGAUGAAGAUGCUGUUACUGUGUUACAGGCACUGGCUUAUAUUCAGGCGCGUUCAAAGUCCAGAAAUUACCGUAUUUGUAUUUUAGCAUGUUAGCACUUAAACUGAAGCUGUUCGCUCUCGCUGCAGCACUUUAUAAACUCUUUUUAUUUUGUAUAAUAAAUGUACACUGUCAAAUAUAUGAAAUAUAAUGCUGUAAAUUCAGUAUUACAUAA